AUGGCUACCCCUAGUUUCCUUACAUUUGAUGCUGAGGGUCGUGCUGUUGACUUCAAGUGGGCCACACGCGAUGCUGUUGCUCGUCUUGCUGUGCAUCGCCACUUACCGACCGCUGAGCGUGCGCACUUUAGUCAGUACAAGAGUGCUAAGACCUUGUACGACGUUGUAGUUGCACGCUACUCUUCCCCUUCCACUGCUGCCCUUAGCCGCCUCAUGCUGCCAUACCUGUUUCCUGACCUCGCCGCCUUUCCCACUAUCGCUGACCUCGUUACGCACCUUCGCACUAGUGACACCCACUACCGCGCUGCGCUUCCUGCUAAGUUUUGCGCCAAGAAACCCCCCCCCCCCCCCCCCAUGUACAUCACCCUCUACUACAUAGUCACCCGGCUCCCAGACUCCCUUCGCUCGGUCAGGGACCACUUCCUCUCUGUUUGCCCCACCACACUCACCGUUGACCUCCCCGAGGAGCGCCUCCUGGCCGCUAAGAAGAGUAUAGUCGCUGUACGAGCCUCUCGAGGUGACCCCCGUGCCCCUGUCUUUGAGGGGUGCUCCCCCUCCCUCCCUUUUCCCUCUGUUGCCUCUGAUCCUGGCGUGGACUUCGUUGGCACCAAGUCGGUCGGCGCUACGUCUGCCCCUAGCGGGAGACGCCGCACCGGCAAGGGCAAGGGGGGCAAGGGCGCUGGAGGGGCUGGCGGGGGCGGUGGAGGUGGCGAUGGAGGAGGCGGAGGGAGUGGGGGUGGUGGUGGGAGUGGUGGCAGGGGUGGGGGCUUCGGUGGCAGCAGUGGCGGCAGAGGCGGCGGCGGUGGUGGCGGUGGGAGCGGAGGAGGAGGCGGUGGCGGCGGUGGCAGAGGUGGCGGCGGAGGAGGUGGAGCUAGUCGGGGUGGCUCUACGCAGCGAGGCGGCUUCGGUGGUGGUCACCGCCAGCAGCAGCAGCACACUCGUGAGACCCCGCCCCCCCAGCAGCUUCGUUAG